AUGGCACUUGUGGUUGCCUCUCUUCUGGAAGACCAAAUACGACAGUUAUACGCAGACUGGAGAGAUGCCAGCAAUCGUCACGAUAUCCCGGCCUUGACCAGUCUGUACAGUGAUUACGCCAUUGUGGUUACUCCCUGUAGGCCAGUCUUAAUUGGAAGAGCAGCUUACACGAACUUCUACAAAGGCAUCCUGGACGCGAAAAAAUGGCCUAAGUUUAGAAACGUCGCCUUUGACAGCGUGUUGCAGAAAGAUAAUAAUCUGAUAGUGACCAAAUACAAUGAAAUAACAACCAUGUCCAAUGGAUCUACAAUUUCAGUAAGCGGCGUCCGUGUACUCGUUAAGGAUAAAUGGAGACUGAAGAUCACACUAGCAGAGGAAUACGCGCCGGACUACUACGCUUAUCACGCCUAUAAUAUUCACAAAGCAGACCAAAAACAGACUAUCGACAACAUUGAUCGACAUCAAGGAUAUGGUGACCACCACAAUGGCAAAAACAACCAUAAUUACAAGAGCAACCAUCAUGGGUAUAACGAUCCCCAUGGAAAGCCCAACUAUAGUGGGGAUGACAACCACAAUGGCAAGAGCUACCCUUAUAGGUAUAAUAACCACCGGGAAAAGCGCAACUAUAAUGGGAAAGAGAACUAUCAUGGCAAGGGCAAUCCUGAUAGGUAUAGUUACCAUCAUGGAAAGCCCAACUACAGUGGGGAUGACAACCAUAAUGGCGAGAGCAACCCUUAUGGGUAUAAUAACCACCGUGGAAAGCCCAACUAUAAUGGGAAAGAGAACUAUCAUGGCAAGGGCAAUCCUGAUAUGUAUAGUUACCACCAUGGAAAGCCCAACUAUAAUGGGAAAGACAACCAUAAUGGCAAGAGCAGCCCUUAUGGGUAUAAUAACCACCGUGGAAAGCCCAACUAUAAUGGGAAAGAGAACUAUAAUGGCAAGGGCAAUCCUGAUAGGUAUAGUUACCAUCAUGGAAAGCCCAACUAUGGUGGGAAACACGGCUAUAAUGGCAAGAGCAACUCUGAUAGCUAUAAUGGCAAGAGCAACAUUGAUAGAUAUAAUAACCACCAUGGAAAGCCCAAGUAUAGUGGGGAAGACAACCAUAAUGGCAAGAGCAUCCCUGGCAGGUAUAGUUACCACCAGGGAAAGCCCAACUAUAUUGGGGAUGACAAUCAGAAUGGCAAGAGCAACCAUGAUGGGUAUCAUAACCACCGGGAAAAGCGCAACUAUAAUGGGAAAGAGAACUAUAAUGGCAAGGGCAACCCUGAUAGGUAUAGUUACCGUGACAGAAAGCUCAGCCAUAAUGGGGAAUACAACCAUAAUGUCAAGGGCAAUCCUGAUAAGUAUAGUUACCAUCAUGAAAAGCCCAACUAUAAUGUGAAAGACAACCAGAAUGGCAAGAGGAACCCUGAUAAGUAUAGUUACCAUCAUGGAAAGCCCAACUAUAAUGUGAAAGACAACCAGAAUGGCAAGAGGAACCCUGAUAAGUAUAGUUACCAUCAUGGAAAGCCCAACUAUAAUGGGGAAGACAACCAUAAUGGCAAGAGCAACUCUGAUAGGUAUCAUAACCACCAUGGAAAGCCCAACUAUAGUGGGGAUGACAACCAUAAUGGCAAGAGCAACCUUGAUAUAUAUAAUAACCAUCAUGGAAAGCCAAACUAUAGUGGGGAACACAGCUAUAAUGGCAAGAGCAACUCUGAUAGGUAUAGUUACCACCAUGGAAAGCCCAACUAUAGUGGGGAACACAGCUAUAAUGGCAAGAGCAACCUUGAUAUAUAUAAUAACCAUCAUGGAAAGCCCAACUAUAGUGGGGAACACAGCUAUAAUGGCAAGAGCAACCCUGAUAGGUAUAGUUACCACCAGGGAAAGCCCAACUAUAGUGGAGAAGACAACCAUAAUGGCAAAAGCAUCCCUGACAGGUAUAGUUACCACCAGGGAAAGCCCAACUAUGGUGGGGAACCCAGCUAUAAUGGCAAGAGCAGCCCUGAUAGGUAUAGUUACCACCAUGGAAAGCCCAACUAUAGUGGGGAUAACAACCAUAAUGGCAAGGGCAACCUUGAUAGGUAUCAUAACCACCAGGGAAAGCCCAACUAUAGUGGUGAACACAACCGUAUUGGCGGGAUCAACCUUGAUAGGUAUAGUUACCACCAGGGAAAGCUCAACUAUAGUGGGAAAAACAACCAUAAUGGCAAAAGCAUCCCUGACAGGUAUAAUAACCACCAGGGAAAGCCCAACUAUGGUGGGGAUGGCAAGAAUAACCAGUAUGGGUAUAAUGGCAAAGACAGCCCUAAUGGCAAAGUUGUUGAACAUACCUUGCAUGUGUAG